AUGGUAGUAUCUCUUAUUAGGCAAAAGUUCAAAAUUACUGUGUUUGAUAAAGAGCAUAAUCACCCUCUUCAUACAGAAGACACGGUUUGCUUGUUACCAUCCCAGAGAAAUUUAUCAGAAGCUCAGGCAUAUGAGAUAGAUCUUGCAGAAGAAUCUGGGGUUGAACCAAGGGCUACUUUUGAUUUAAUGAGUACAUAUGCUGAUGGACAAGAAAAUCUUGGAUACACGAUGAAAGAUGCAAAUAACUACUUAGAGUCCAAAAAGAAGAGAUGUAUGAAGUUUGAAGAGGUAGGAUGUCUGCUUCAAUAUUUUCAAAAACAAAUUGCAAAAAAUUCAGCAUUCUACCACAAAUAUCAGUUAGACUCAGACCAACACAUCACCAAUGUUUUUUGGGCUGAUGCUCGUAUGCUAAUAGAUUAUGCACAUUUUGGUGAGGUUGUAUCAUUGGACACAACAUACAGCACUAAUCAAAAUUAUCGACCCCUUGCACUCUUUUUUGGGUUCAAUCAUCACAGAAGUGUGGUCAUUUUUGGAGCAGCGCUGUUGUAUGAUGAGACUAUUGAGUCUUUCAAGUGGUUACUAGAAAUAUUUUUGGAUGCUCACAUACAAAAUAAGCCUCAAGCUGUAUUUACAGAUUAA